UACACUGUUGUUCCAUAGGAUCUUCCGGUGAGAGGUUGCCGUGUACUUCUCAGCGUUCAUGGAUCCUUUUCCGGUACGGUGACAAAAUGACUGGCUUCAGUAAUAAGCCAAUAUUAAUUGAUGGCCGUGGCCAUCUACUCGGUCGUUUGGCAGCAAUUAUUGCCAAAACUAUUCUACAGGGCAAUAAAGUGAUUGUUGUCCGUAGUGAACAACUCAAUAUAUCUGGAAACUUCUUCAGGAACAAGUUGAAGUUCAUGUCAUUCCUGCGUAAGAGGUGUAAUGUAAAUCCAGCACGUGGACCUUUCCAUUUCCGUGCCCCGAGUAAAAUACUUUGGAAAACAGUUCGUGGAAUGAUUCCACACAAAACAGAAAGAGGAAAGGAUGCUCUCAGAAGGUUGAAGGUUUAUGAAGGUUGCCCUCCACCAUAUGACCGCAGGAAACGUGUCGUUGUACCAGGUGCCAUGAGAGUCAUGUGUCUUAAACCUGGUAGGAAGUACUGUCAUGUAGGUAGAUUGUCUCAUGAAGUCGGGUGGAAGUACAAGGCUGUAGUGCGCACCCUGGAGAACAAGAGGCGUGUUAGAUCUAUUCUUGAGGUUCAAAAGAGAGACAAACUUAAGAAACUUACUGAACAAGCUGGAAAGACGGUUGCCAAGGCUACAGCACCAUACACAGCCGUUAUUAAUAAUUUUGGAUACAAUUAAAGAUUGUAAAAAUAAUAAAGUUCCAUAAACAUUUUA